AAUGUCCUAUCGUUUUCAACUAACCGUUUGUUCAUUGCAGAUUUGUGCUGCGUUAAUAUCGACCCUGAUCGGUGCAGAGACCGAACGACCCCGAAGACGAUCACAGCCGAAGAACCACCUCUCUCCACCGAGGAUAGAGAACAUCAGCACAACACCGAUAACGUUCACCACCCUCCAACCAGAACUAAGAUCCUUCAGCUCACAAAUCGACGCCAGCGUGCAUUUCCCCAACAGAAGACCCAGAAUUCGCACCAGUCGGUUCGCCACGUUCAGACUAAGGGAGUCAAAUCGCCCCAAAAACACUCGUCACCGAAGACAGCUUCACCGACGCGCCAAAAAGUCCCGUUUAGGGAGAUCGUUCGACAUCAGCGAAACUAAAACGAUAGAGACAGUGCACGGACCUCCGAAAAUCUCAGAGAAGAUCCACAUCGAGCCCAUCGUCCGUGUGACGAAGAACAAAAGCGUAUUGGACUCGAUUAUUGAUAUGAUACGGCGAUUAAUCGGGACUGAGAAGACGUUGGGUCCUCUGGUGGGUCCUUUCCACUUCCCCGGAGUGGGAGACAAAGUGUACGUCAGACUCCUGGACCCGGUGCUUCCCGAUCACCUGGUGAUUCGAUUCGUGUCCCACUCGCCGGUCACCAAGGUGGAAUCUCCGAUCGGCAAGGAUAUCUCUCUUCCGAUUCAAUUAGCGAAGCACCCUGAAAUCUUGCCCGCCAUCGCUCACGAGUCCUUCGUGUCUCCUAACGAAUUAGUGAGCUUCAGCAAACAUCCUGUCGUUGCGUCCGUUGCUUCGGACAGUUUCCUGUCCUCCAGCAAUAAGGUUCAAGCUUCGAAACCUUUGGUGAGCCACAAGUUCCUGGGAAGCGGCUGGAAUGUACCUAAGACUUACGGUGUGGAUGUGAACAUCCACAGCAACUUGACAAACACGUACCAACCUUCGCCAUUAUCUACAAACAAUGCAGUUGAUUGGAAUUUUCAACCAAACGGGAAAAUUAAAGAACUGAGUUAUCAGGAUUCCUUCAACCAGGUGUACCAGCCAGGCACGGAGGACCCUGGAUUGAAGUACGUCCAGGACUUCCAUGACCCGUUCAACGCUUCAGACUUCCAGGCGGAAAAUCCUUUUGUCCCCGUGCAGGAUUACAAUGUGCAUCAGUUUGAGAAUAAAUUUACCUCUGAGAGUCCUCCGAAGUACAGUCUCGAUUUUGUCAGCAAGAAGAUGAGGUAUCUGAACUUGGACGGAAGCGUUUCGGACGACAAGGAUGGAGGUUUUAAACCUAUGGAAGAUCCUACUUCCAAAGGGGUUAGGGUGAUUAGGAAGAUACAAGUGAGGAGGAAGGAAAUUGGGACGAACGAAAAGGAUCGGAAAGGAGCGGAAAAGAGCAGGGCGGAAGUCAACAGGAAGAUUGAUGACAUUACAAACGUGGUUAGAAACGAGACACGAUUGAACGAAGAUGACAGCAAGGAAUAUUUUCCUAACUUUGGACAACGUUUUCAGAACGAGUCAUCUACGGAGCCUGGGAACGUGAAGCCUGUGUUAACGAAGGAGCAAUCGAACUCGACUGACUCGAGAACGAUAUAGAGGGCUGUUCUAUAUUAUAUUUUUCAUUUGUUUUUGACGAAGGAGUUGCUUUAACUCUGAUUUAUAUUCCGUUUUAUCAUGUU